AUGGAUCCAUCCAAUUUACUGGAAGAAGAGACAACACCAACUCAGAGAAGGAAAUCGGCUGUCGAAACUUCAUCCCUCAAAAAGUCAACCAUUUCAGCUCUAGUACUAAUCGUUACUGGAGUUGCUUGCUUGGUUAUCGCCAUUGGCUUUUUAUUGGUCAAUUACUUGUUGGAUGCCGUCCACAAGAUUAGUUUUGCCUCAAAGGACGAUUAUUACCUUGCAUUAGAAUGGAAUUUUGUUACCAACAAAUACUCACUUGAAUAUUAUCAAAACGGUCAAUUAUUCACCUCAGUUGAUGUUGAUUUGGAAGGAAAUUAUGUCUUGCCAGAAAAGGGUGCAUUUACUCCUUCCUCACUGAAUGAUUUGGUAUUUUGGAAUUCUUACACACAAGCACCAAAUUCCCAAAAGUGGAACUUUAAAGCCAACGAAGAAUAUUUGGACGUAACUGCCAGCACUGGUUUCUAUGCAGAAAAUGGAAGAUUGAAUUACUUGAUUACUGUCACUUAUUACUCCAAAGGCUUUUCCAAAGUCAUUAAUGUACCACAAACACUUAAUUCUAAAUACUAUUUGAUAACUCCAGAUUUGAAUAUGAUUGAGGCGUAUGAUGAAAGUCCAAUUGGCAAGAAUAAGUUUGGAAUUGGAAGAAAAUCAUUGCUUAACAGUGAUAAUACUGAUGUUAGAGAAUUGGGCAAGUAUAUGCUCUCAUCUCAACAUGUUGAAAAAUGGUUCUACCAAAAGUUUACUGCAGAUGACAGUGGCAGAGAUUAUUAUGUAAAGGUGGAAACUUUGGAUAAUUCAUGGUGGUUGGUGCACACGAUCGCUGUUGAUGAUUAUGAAUAUGACCUUGUCAAGUAUUUCACUGUAGUUGUCUUUUUGAUAUCAGUUGUUGCUGCCUUUGUGUUGAUGUGUCUAUUUGGAGUUCAAUUUAAUGUUUACAAGACUCAUGUUGCAAAGAAAUAA